UCUGUGUGCCUUCACCUUCAGGCCCUGUGGGCGGGAGGAAGCCUCCCAGCUUGUCCCUGGCACUGUGACUUGCCAGGAAUGUGGCGCCCCAGCACCCGGCCCCCCAGAGCUUCGCGGUCCCAGUAGACACCAUGGCUGUCUCUCCCGCACUCCUGCUGUUCAUGGACAGGAAUUUGCUUGCUAGAAAACACAAUGCAAGAUUUGACAGACAAAGAGACUUGGGAUGGAAGUUAUUUGGAAAAGUUCCACUCCGAGAGAAUGCUCAGAAAGAUUCAAAGAGAAUACAAAAGGAACAUGAAGACAAGGCUGGAAGCCCAAGCAGGCCACCCUCCCCGAAGCAAAAUGUGAGGAAGAACUUGGACUUUGAGCCGCUUUCCACCACCGCACUCAUCCUGGAGGACAGACCCGCCAAUCUCCCGGCAAAACCAGCUGAAGAAGCACAGAAGCACAGGCAGCAGUAUGAAGAAAUGGUGGUGCAGGCCAAAAAACGAGAGCUUAAAGAAGCCCAGCGGAGGAAAAAGCAGCUGGAGGAACGAUGCCGAGUGGAAGAGAGCAUCGGGAACGCUGUGCUUACGUGGAAUAAUGAGAUCCUGCCCAACUGGGACACCAUGUGGUGCUCUAGGAAAGUUCGAGAUCUGUGGUGGCAGGGAAUCCCGCCAAGUGUGAGAGGCAAAGUCUGGAGCUUGGCCAUUGGCAAUGAGUUGAACAUCACCCACGAACUCUUUGACAUCUGUCUGGCCCGGGCCAAGGAGCGGUGGCGGUCCCUCAGCACAGGGGGUUCAGAAGUGGAGAGUGAAGAUGCCGGGUUUUCUGCAGCAGACAGAGAGGCCAGUCUGGAGCUUAUUAAACUGGACAUUUCUAGAACAUUCCCUAAUCUCUGCAUCUUCCAGCAAGGUGGUCCAUAUCAUGACAUGUUGCACAGUAUUUUGGGCGCUUAUACUUGUUACCGACCAGAUGUGGGCUAUGUUCAGGGUAUGUCCUUUAUAGCCGCAGUGUUGAUCUUGAACCUAGAUACUGCAGAUGCCUUUAUUGCUUUUUCUAAUCUUUUGAAUAAACCCUGUCAAAUGGCGUUUUUCCGAGUGGACCAUAGCCUUAUGUUGACUUAUUUUGCUGCAUUUGAGGUUUUCUUUGAAGAAAAUUUGCCAAAACUAUUUGCGCAUUUCAAGAAGAACAACUUGACUCCAGACAUCUACCUAAUUGAUUGGAUCUUCACCCUGUACAGCAGGUCCCUGCCCCUGGACCUGGCCUGCCGCGUGUGGGACGUGUUCUGCCGGGACGGGGAGGAGUUCCUCUUCCGCACAGCCCUGGGCAUCCUGAAGCUGUUCGAGGACAUCCUGGCCAGGAUGGACUUCAUCCACAGCGCUCAGUUCCUGACAAGGCUGCCCGAGGACCUGCCGGCAGAGGAGGUGUUCGCAGCAAUCGCCGCCAUCCAGAUGCAGAGUCGCAACAAGAAGUGGGCGCAGGUGCUGGCUGCACUACAGAAAGACAGCCGGGAGAUGGAGAAAGGAAGCCCGUCCCUCCGACACUGAGCCCGUGCCGGCCCCGCUCUCUGCGCAAGGCAGGUCUCCAAGCAGACCUGUGAUUUCUCACACUGACACUGGCCACAGGAAAGCAGGCUGUUUGCCUGUCAGAGUCCCGAUGCUGGAGUUGGCCUUAAACAAAACCAAACGGCAUUUAAAGAAUUAAAAAACAAACUAAAUCAAAGCAUUAAGCCCGGGCCUCGCCUUAAGUGGCUCUGUGGACUGUGGCCUGGCACCAGCGGAGGCCAGCCACCACGGUCCCCAUGUGGGGCAAAGACGGGGCGGUGGCCGUCCCCUCCCUCGCGUUCCUCCAGCACAAGUCACGUCGUAAAGCUGCCAUGCCAAGCGCCUGGACGUACAUUACCGUCUGUCUCAGCCAAGACGCACGAGAAGUGUUCCUGGGGAGCCUCGGAGAUGCUAUUAGCUCCUGUUUUGGAUAAGAAAGAAAUUGCUGGUGUAGGUAUGGAGAGAAUCUUUCCAGAACUGGAGGUCCUGUUUUUAAAAAUCUGCCCACCAAAGACAGCAGAAAGGAAGAUGGGCCCUCUAAGGCUGCUUGCUGGGGUGCUCAUGAGCUCCUGGGGACCUGCUGGACCUUCGUGUUGACAUUUGACCAUGUUGCCUUGACCAAUCACAGCAGGAAGGCUGCAGGUGCGCCCUCGGUGCCCGCGCCGUCGAGCACAGCCAUAGAGGCAGGCCCGGGGGCUGGUGCAGCCUUGGCGGCAGAGGCUAGGGGAGAGCGCCACGCCGCUGCGUCGGGGGCAGCGGUGGCACGCACGCCCCUUGCUCUCGCCGCGGCCCCCUCUGCCUUUGUCUCACAGACGGCCCGGUUAGUCCUGAGUGGAGUGGCCACACACGUUUGGCUUCGGAGGGUCUUCGCGUGCGUGCUGGUCCAAGGACCGAGCGGCUUCUCUGACAGCCGGGCGGCCUUGGCGUCCUCAGUGCCCAGCACCAGCCCCUCCCCCACUUCCCCAAGUUCAUCGGUGAGUUUUUUUUGUUCUAGCAUUCCUUGUCAUUUUUGUGAACUGCUAGGCCAGAGCGGAAGACUCAGGCCGCAAGGACGUGCGUGGCUUGCGUUCCAGCUGUCCACGCUGUCCAUGAGCCCCCUCCCCUGAGCCAGCCCCUCAUGUCGGGAGCCCUGAGAGGCUCGGGCGGUGCGCGUGCAGCGGGGAGAGCGGCUCUGCCGCCGCCGCAGGCCUGUGAGGUUCUGCUCACCCGCCCUCGCUGGGGUGGCAGCCCGGGCCCUCCUCAAGCCUCCAUCCCAUUCUGCCACGUGCCCUUGCUCUUGGUGUCCCCUUUCCCGGGCUGUCCCAGGGGACUGCAGGGCACCGUGGGCACCGCUUUCUGCCUCAGCCUUCCAAGGUGGCCUAGCCUGACCUCUUGGAGGAGGCGCUGUCUUGGCCAGCAGCCAGCGGCCUCCAGACCCAGCCAUUCCAGACAUCAAGAUGUUGAAUGUAGCCCAGGCCCCGCAGCCUGUGGGAAGUGGACUGUCCAGCCCUGGGCUGGCCUUCCCCCCAGACCUACUUAGUUUUGGUCCACAAUGUGGACGUUCUGUUCUUUAAAAGAUGUAUAUAUUUUCUUACUGUACAUAACGAUCAUCCUUCAUUUGCACAGGUGAGUGACAAGGGCCUUGGGCAGUCUGUUCGGAAGGCUGUUGUGAAACUCCCGAGUGCUCACAACCCAGUGCUCACCAUGCCUCACCCGUUUGACCUAAGCGUGGGCAUCGUGACAUUUUUUAACCAGACUCCCGGCUGCACCCAGGUGCAGACAGCUCUUCCCGCAUGCUCAGGGAACGGCGGCGUGGCGCGGCGCGGCGCGGCCCACCAGGCGCUCGGCCCCUCUGGAGGUGCCGCCGGCCUCUGGCGAACGCAGCGUCAUACUCCUGUGCGUUGUCGACACUGUGUAGGUGAGCGGGACCCCAAGGGGCACCCAAGGGAGUCUGCACCUCCCCUGAGUUUCAGACUCGAGGCCGCCAUGCCGCAGCUCUGCUGGGGAAACAGCAUUCACGUCCAAGGUACUUUUUAACUGCUCAGUUUUUGACUAUUUUGAACACCUUAUUGAUAGAAAACUGUUGGUAACCCUUGCUACGCAUCAUGUUUUCAUUGCUUGUACAGGUCACCUUUAAUUUUAUUUAGUAAUGUGUUUCAAAGUAGGACUUUUUGAAUUGUAAAUAUGUGGUUUUAUUAAAUAAAAGUCAUGUAAAAUUGUUACUUA